AUGAGAGUCCCCAGCCGAAUUGACGGGUCGAUAUGCGGCGCCCUCCCCCUCUUGCAGCACCACCGUCCCUCGCCGUCGUCGAACCGGUCUGCCUCACCUGUCACCACUCCCGCUACGGCUGCUACGGCCUCUCUGCCGAUUCCGGCCGGUUCGGUUGGUUAUAACCCCGGUGGAGCGUGGGUUAGUCCGGGUUUCCACGGCCAAUAUGGACAUACUCGUUCGACACGGGGCUUUGGGAGCAUCGGCAGCAGACAUGGACACACGGCCAGAGCUUCUCCAACUUCCGGGCCAAACCACCGCUCGCUGCUAUCUCUGCCGGCCCUCCGUGUCACGCUCCCGCAGAGACACUCCCACGCCCAUGCCCACUUCAGCAGCCCCUUUGGCCCCUCUGCCUUUGGGCCCUACGCGACACAUACCGCUGCGGCUGUCGAGUGUCCUCCUCCCAGUUCAGACUUUAACCACGAGAUCCCUUACCCAACAUACCACGAAACUCGCGAAACCCACGAAACUCGCGAAACCCACGAAACCCACGAAACAACACCGACUACACCGACAACAACCCCCGACCCUCCUCCACGUCGCAAGCGCAGGCGGCAAACCCAAAAUCUGACCAAACAAGAACUGCUCGACCUCAUCGAACCCUACGAUGACGAAGAGAUCGGCCCCGUCGACGAGUACCUCCAGUACAUCCGCGACCCCUACAUGCGCGGCUACGCCCAGCCCGACACCCAGCACUUCACUUUCGUGCGCAGCACCGAAGACCACGACUACCCGAACCUCGACCAAGUCAUCUCACCCCGCGAAGAAGACCAAAAAGCCCUCUGGGAACUGCGCUUCGCCGUCCUGACCCGCCUGCGCAGCCCGCACAAGAUCGCCCUCGACCGCCUCUACGACAUCUACCGGCGCGUGCCGGAACCGCGCAUGCUGUACAUCCACGCCCGUCUGCGCCACCAGUUCCUGCGCGCCCUCGGCCAGCCGACAUCGCAACACCGCGACCCGGCCUCCAUGCUGCGGUAUUUCGAGGUCAUUGCCGACGUCAAGAACACGGGGAUUCCGCUGACGACUGCAGAGUGGAACUGCACCAUCGCUUUUGCGAGUCGCUAUGUCGGCGCCGUGCGCGAGACCGAGGUCGAGGCCUCGCUCAAACUGUGGCGCGAGAUGGAGGUCGACGCGGGGAUUCAGGCCAAUAACGUCACCUUCAACAUCUUGUUUGAUGUCGCCUGCAAGGCGGGCAACUUUGUGCUCGCCGAGAUGAUUUACCGUGAGAUGGAGUCGCGCGGGCACUAUUAUAAUCGCUACCACUACACCAGUCUGAUCCAUUUCUUUGGGUUGAAGCACGAGACCAGCGGGGUGCGCGCCGCGUUUCGGGAGAUGGUCCUUGCGGGGGAGAUGAUUGAUACGGUGGUGCUGAAUGCGGUUAUUGGGGGGCUGUUGAGGUCGGGGGAAGAAGGGCCGGCUGAGAAGUUCAGCAGCAGCAGCAGCAGCAACAUCGGCACCCCCAGCAGCAUCCCCAUCCGCACGCCCACCUCCGACCGCGCCGUAACCCAAGCCCUCCUCAUGUUCGCCAAAAUCGCCCGCCGCCACCCCUCCUCCCACGCCACCCUCCAACGCCUGACCCCCCUCACCCCGGACAUCCAAACCUACCGCAUCCUCGUCAACCACUACGGCGUCAAACGCGGCAACCUCGCCCGCGCCGCGUCCUACAUCGACGAAAUGAAAUUCUUCCACAUCCCUUUGCACCACGCCAUCUUCCUGGCGCUCUUCAAAGGUUUCGCCACGCACGGCGGGGUCCCCCGCUCGGCGUGGAGUGAGAAGCGGUUGUUGGGGAUUUGGAAUGCGUUGCUUGAUGCGUUGGAUGGGGGACAUGCGGAGGGGGUGGAGAUUCGGAUGUGGUUGGCGGUGUGGGCUUUGAGGGCUUUUGCGAAGUGCUCGGGACGGGAGAGGGUUUUGGCGGUGUAUGAUGCGUUGAAGGCGAGAUGGGUGUUGGGGGAGAGGGAGGAGAUGUGGAUGGUGGAGUUUUUGGGGGGGAUUGUUGGUAGACGUGAUAGACGGUAG